AUGGAAAAAGUAAAUGCACUCAUGAUCGAAGCAACAGUAAAUGAGGAGCUAGACUUUUUAGAUAAUGGAGAAGUAGAGAGAAUAAAUCAACUAAGGAGUACAGUCAGGGAAACUUUAAAGAAAUUACGACCAGGAAUGCAACGGCCAGACAGCACACAAAGGAAAGAUGGUGUGACAUUACCGCAGGUGAAAAUCCCUGUGUAUGAAGGAAGAUACGAGACGUGGAGAACUUUCCACGAUCUGUUCACUAAAGUAAUACAUGAAAUCGACCAGUUAUUAAAAGCAGAAAAAAUGCAGUACCUAAAAACUCCAGUAAGAGGGGAAGCCAACAGAAUGAUACAACACUUACACAUAUUCGAGGCCAACUACGAAGUGGCCUGGAACAUGUUAAAAGAAAGAUAUGAAAACCCGAGGAUGAUAUUUUCAUCCUGGGGUGAAUUUAAACUGAUAGACAGGAUGCUACUAGCGCAGGAAGUAAAGGAAGCUUUCCCAAGAGCACUGAAAUCACUACAUGACACCUUCCGUGAGUGUCUGGAAGCCAUAGGAAGAUUAGGAACAGACACGGAAGCAUGGAGCCCAUUGAUAGCCCGAAUAAGCAUAACAAAAUGGGAUAAUGAAACAAGGAGACUAUACGAAAACCACAUCGGAGACAGUAGAGAGAUACCGACGUACAAAUCAACACAAACAUUCUUACAGCGAAGAUUCCAAACACUGGAGCUGCUGGAAUCAGAAAGGAGACAAGAGAAACAAGGAGGAUCGGGUAGAAAAACACGAACAAACUGCGUGACGUGCAACGGAGAGCACGGACUAGCACACUGCAGAGAAUUUCAAGAACUCAAUACAAGAGACCGGAACAGAAUAAUAAGAGAAAGAGGAUGGUGUGCGAAUUGCCUAGCACAUUAG